GAGUGUGGAAAUGGAUAAAAAGAAAUAUUGUGCCGUUAUUGGUUAUGCUGUGAAAUUAUAAAUUUUAAAUUAGAAAAUUUUCGUUAAAAUUUCUGCUUUGUGACGAAUUGUAGCGCGUUUAACGUAUGCUGAAGCAUUUGUUCGAUACUUUUGCGAAGCGUUCAGUCAACUGAUGAUAAUUUCUGCUCUGGACAAAGGUUUCAGAAAAAUACCCAGAUGAGAAAAACGUGACAAGGUUGAUUGGCCUUCUCUAUGCGAAAUAAAUAGGCCUAAGAUCACUUCACUCAAACCGUUCCAGUACAGUUUGAGACGUGGAUCAGAUCAGCUUAAGAGGGGAGGUAUCGGAUACUUUGCCGAUACCCAAAAUCGAAGGAUUGGUUACCAAGAAGCCAUAUCAGUUGAAAAGAUGGUUUCAUCCGAAUAUCUCCGGAUUAGGGGCGGAAGAGAUGCUGAUGGAGCAAGGCUUCGACGGAUCUUUUCUAGCCAGACCUUCUCUCAACAGUCCAGGCGACUUUACGCUUUCCGUGAGGAGAAAUGGCGCAGUUACACAUAUCAGAAUACAGAAUUCGGGUGAAUUUUACGAUCUCUUUGGAGGGGAAAAAUUCGCCACGUUGUCGGAGCUGGUCCAAUAUUACAUGGAAAACCAAGGACAACUGAGGGAGAAAAAUGGCGAAAUAAUCGAACUGAAAUUUCCACUAAAUUGCGGCGAUCCGACCACCGAGAGAUGGUUUCACGGUCAUUUAUCUGGUAAAGAAGCAGAAAAAUUGAUUUUAGAAAAGGGUAAAAAUGGUAGUUUCUUAGUACGAGAAUCGCAGAGUAAACCGGGUGAUUUUGUGUUGUCCGUCCGCACUGAUGAUAGAGUUACCCAUGUGAAAAUACGCUCCUUAGAUAAUAAAUACGACGUCGGAGGAGGCGAAAAAUUCGACAGUUUAACCGAAUUAAUCGAAUAUUACAGACAGAAUCCAAUGGUCGAGACGAGCGGAACAGUGGUUCAUCUGAAGCAACCUUUCCACGCUACCAGAAUUAAUGCUUUCGGUAUCGACUUUCGAGUUAAACAAUUACAAAAAGAUAAUGGUGGUCAGACGUCCGGAAAGGCUGGAUUUUGGGAAGAAUUCGAGACGUUGCAAGAGCAAGAAAGCAAGCAUUUAUAUGCCCGCAAAGAGGGUCAAAAACCUGAAAAUAGGAAUAAGAACAGAUAUAAGAAUAUUUUACCUUUCGAUCACACGAGAAUUAAAUUAAAAGACGCCGACCCCAACGAACCAGGAUCAGAUUACAUAAACGCUAAUUUAAUUAAAGGAGAAGAAGAUAUCAAAGCUGGUACAGAAGGCAAAGAACGUCUGUAUAUCGCUACCCAAGGCUGUCUUCCUUCAACUAGAAAAGAUUUUUGGAAUAUGGUUUGGCAAGAGAAUUCCAGAAUCAUAGUCAUGACUACGAAAGAAGUAGAACGAGGAAAGUCGAAAUGCGAACGAUAUUGGCCUGAAGUUGGCGAAUCAGCUGAACAUGGUAAAGUUACCGUACGUAGCAUUUCCGAAGUUGUAAAUACCGAUUACACCUUACGCGAGUUUACGAUCACUUGCGAUGGCGAAGAACGAAAAAUAUUCCAUUAUCAUUUCCAGGCUUGGCCCGAUCAUGGCGUUCCAUCGGAUCCUGGGUGUGUUUUAAAUUUUCUGCAUGACGUGAAUAAACGUCACGACGAGAUAGAUAAAGUGGGCCCGAUAAUAGUCCAUUGUAGUGCCGGCAUCGGCCGCACUGGAACCUUCAUUGUGAUCGAUAUGAUUAUUAAUCAAAUCAAAAAAUACGGUUUAAAUUGUGAGAUAGAUAUUCAAAAAACUAUUCAAAUGGUUCGUUGCCAAAGAUCCGGUAUGGUGCAGACCGAAGCCCAAUACCAAUUUGUGUAUUUAGCUGUUCAACAAUAUAUUCAAACAGUAUCUCAACGAAUGCAAGCUGAUCUAGAAAGUAAACAGUUAGGCAGAGAGUAUACGAAUAUACGAUACAGUAAUGAAGUAUUAUCACCUCUAAGUACAGCGAACGAUUGCGGCGAACGAUCGGUUAAUUUAACUUUAUCCAGUUCAGCUUUAUCAUUGCCAUCGAUGGGAAUAAAUAUACCAUCGUCGGCUCGUGAUAAAAAUACGAAAUCCCCUACCGAAGUAUUUUUCCCCAGACCACCUGAUAACAUUCCGAAACAAAUAUACGAAAAUAUGCCAGCGAAAGAACGAAAAUUCACUCCUGUAAAUUAUAAUAACAUGAGUCCUCCUCCGUUUCUAGCUCCUCCGCCACCUCCGCGAAAAACUUGAUGAAUUUUGCGGUAGCAUUGUUUUAAAAUGUUUUCGUUAUACGUUCUUUUUUUUCUGUUCAUUUUAUCAUUAUUUAUGAUCUGUUUGAGUUUUAGUACGUUAUAAGUUAUGUAUUUUACGAAUAAGUUUAUUAAAAGUUUAACUAGUCUGUAUGUUAGAACAUCGUGUUUGAAAAUAGAAGCUUUGAUAGCACAACGCUAAAUAUUAUGGUCAAUUUUAUGUGUAUGUAAACUUGUGAGUUUUCUUUCUUUUCUUUUUUUUUUUUUUUUGUAACCAAGCUCCAAAGUAUUGAAUGUUUUAAAUUAGGUUUUACUACGUAGACUAAGUGAUGCACAUCGGUGAAAAAAAAAUCCAUUGCUAUUUGUACCUUUAUCUAGACCCACCACGGUUUAUGUUUUAAAAAAAAAAACAAACAAACGACAUCAACAAUAAAAUUUAUUCAAUUAUUCCAAGGUGUACGUUCGAACAGUAUUGAGAAAAACAAUUACUUAAAUUCGUUUGUGCCUGAAUUUAUUUAAUGUGAUAUUUAUUUUUGCUUAUUUUCUAAGAACUGUUUGUGUUUUAUAUAUUUAUCGGAUGUAUAAUAUGUUAUAUGGCUUAACAUUUGUACUUACGUAAUUCUUACUCAUUAAAGGAGAAGUACAGUGUA